AUGUUCGCUCCAACAAGACGGCUAUUCCAGCAGGUCCACGCAAGCCGCAUUACACUCUUCGCACGCGAUGGUUGCGGGUUAUGCGUCCGAGCCAAAUCGGCGCUGUCCAACGUGUGGGACAGGAGGCCUUUUGACUUCAAAGAGAUCGACAUCACGAUGCCAGAGCAUAAACGAUGGAAAGAAUUAUACGAUUUCGAUGUCCCGGUGAUCCAUAUCAGCAAAGUCGGGGCCCCUGAGGAGAGCCCAGACCCCAGAGUCGUGGGCAAGGCUGUCAAGCUCAUGCACCGUUUCGAUCCCGACCAGAUCGAGGCCAAGAUGGACCAGGUUGAGGGCAAAUAA